CGGUCCAACCAGGAGCUUUCAAUGGGCUCUUUGUUCUACAGAGGCUAUAUUUGGCCAAUAGCGUUCAACAUCUCAGUCCAGAUUCAUUUAUGGGACUAUCGAAUCUAAAACUUCUGUACUUAGCUCACAGUAGUAUUAAAGUCCUAGGACCUAACUCUUUCAGGGAGUUAUCGAGCUUAAUAGAAUUGGAUCUGUCUUACUCUAACAUAGAAGACAUUGCACCGCAAGCAUUCACAGGCUUGGAUGGAAGCAUUCUSUAAGCGCUGAAAAAUGCAGUACAACAAGUUAACAAAGCUUAAGUCAGAAUAUUUCAAUAACGCUCCUUCGAUAAAAAGCUUUGAUCUCCACAACAACCGGCUCAAGAUUCUUCAAGCACAUUCUUUCGAGGGAUUGCCAAACUUAAAAAUGCUAGACCUUACUGGAAAUCAUAUCAGAGAUAUUGAACCACAAGCGCUCAAUGGCUUACCCUACCUUACCUACUUAUCUCUAGAUGAUAACCAACUGACUSAGCUCAAGGCGGGUACAUUUGAUCCUGCCGUAAGACUUCGAAAUUUGUAUAUUACUCAGAAUCAAAUUGAAUCAAUGGACCAUGACGUAGUUAACGUGUUGUCGCAGUUGCAAAACUUUCGUUUAUCAGAAAACAAGAUCCAGAGACUCCCAGCUGGCAUUUUCAAAGGAAUGAUGAACCUGGAAACUUUGGACAUAAGGAAGAAUAAGAUCACUGAACUGAAGGGUGGACAUUUUAAAGAUAACUCCAAACUUGGCCAGCUGUAA